AUGACGACAUUAUUGCAGGUUUACGAUGGACACCACUUUUUUGGUCAUGAGCGACUGUUCCAUCCAGGUUUUCCACUAGUGGUAAAUCCCGCACCGGGUGAUCUCAGAACAGUCGCGCAACUUCCUGUCGUAACCCCCUCAGGGGUUAAACUUGUUGCACCAGCAUUUGGUGCUUAUCUUCCCGCUGAGCCAGCAAAAGGUGGUGGUGUAAAGCCAAAGCAGACUGUGGGUCCUCCCAGUGCAGCUGGUCGACCAACUGCAAAUACCGUCACGACAGACCUUGCAGUCGAGAAAUCUAUAAUGCCAAACUUAGAUACAGCUGCAAAGGCUAUGGGUUCUACUGUUCCACUCUAG